CGUCAGUUUGGCAGUUGGGCUUGUUCCGCUUACCGUUACACCUCCUGCUACUUUUCGACACCUAAACAGGCUUCCAGGAUGUUUUCAUUUCGAGGGUCUAGAGGAGCCACAUUUUCAGGAAUGCAAAAGAGGAAUGUGCCAACAGCAUCAGAAUCGAAAGAUUCAGACCCAUCUUCCAUCGAUGGUCCUAAGGAUUAUCACUUAGUCGGACAGGAAACUAAGACCAUCAGACCCAGUCCUCCUGAAAAGCCAAAAAUCUCUCCCAAAAUGCUGGUUGAAAGAUACAACAAUGGCAGCACCGACGCCGUGUCUUUGCUUCAUCAGCUUGCCCGUGUUCUACAGUUUAAUCUGGAAAUGAAAGAAACUGUAACCCCAGGGAAUGUGGCAGGAUUUUAUUUUGCCUUUGCUGUGGUGAUAGAUGGUGCACAGCAGAGGACUGGCUGUGGCGUGACUAAAAAGGAAGCUCGUCAGUAUGCAGCAAAGCUGGCUUUGGAAGACUUUUUGCCGACAUUGGACUGUUUCAAAUCUGAUCUUCCUCAAGCAUCAGAUGCUGUUCUACCAUUGCCAGUGAAGACGGAGCCAUGCACCUCUGGCAGCCAUCCUUGUAAAGCCUUUUACGAAAAAAAGAGUCCAGCCCACCUUCAGAUUUCACAGGCCGUGAAGGAUCAACUCUGUAAACUGAUGAACAACCACACCCAGUUCUCUGGUUGCGGAGACACAGCAGCAGCAUUCGUUCUCAGAACUCCCACUGGAUGUGAGGUGGUCGCUCUUGGGACUGGAAACUACAAUGCCAAAGAGUGUGUGUCUGCCAAUGGACGGAUUGUGCACGAUUCACAUGGUGUUGUGACAGCAAGGAGGUCUCUUAUGAGGUAUCUCUACCGGCACCUGCUGAUGUAUUUCAGCAAAAAUCCCAGUCUGUCUGAGAAGUCUGUUUUCACACAGAACGUCAACAGCAACCUCCUCUGCCUAAAAAGUGAACUCACCCUGCAUCUAUAUGUUAACCAACUUCCAAAGGGUGCAGCUCAGAUCCCUAACCAGCUUCGUCUGAACCCCUAUUCUGUUACACCCUGGCAAGUCAACAGUGAGAUUAGCCUUCACCUGUCAGUGGGGGGCAAGGUGUUGUCAGUUUUUUCCUCUGCACUUAAUAACUCUGCUAGCGAGAUGGUCAGCAUGUCAAGCACUGACAAGAUUACACAGUGGCAAGUCCUUGGAUACCAAGGGGCCUUACUGAGCCACUUCAUUGAGCCGGUCUAUGUUCAAAGCAUCCUUGUAGGUGACUCUGGCUGCACUGAAAUCCGUGGUAUGGAGAUAUCUGUGAAUGAGCGAGUGGAGGGAAUCACCUCCCAGCUGCCCAUGUUCUACUGCGACAUGCGACCCCAGAUUAGCCUAGUGCCCUCUGUGGUCACCUCUAACACUGGCAGCAGGUUUCUGACCAGUGGCAUCAACUGGAGUGAAGGAGACAGCUCUUUGGAGGUUGUGGAUGGUCUUGAGGGAAAAACCAUCGAAGAGUCCCCAUUUCAGAGUGGUCCUGGCCUGGCAAGCCGCCUGUGCAAAGCAGCAAUGCUGCACCGCUUCAGGUUGGUGGCCAAAGAGGCCCAGAGACAGGAGCUUGUCACCACAAACUGCUACAGAGAAUUAAAGAUGAUGGCUAAGCCGUACCAGGAGGCCAAAGGUGUGCUGCGGACAUACCUGCGUCAGCAAGGCUAUGGUUCAUGGCUGGAAAAGCUUCCUGAUUGCGACAGUUUCAAUAGUUAAAGAAAAAAAACUCAAUCUGAUUCAAAGUUUUGUUUUGUUUUUGUUUGUUC